AUGCCGCCAAUACUCUCUCGAAAGCGCUCGCGAUCCGCCUCCCCUCAACUAGAACCGCCGCCGAAGCGUGCGCGGGCCCGUAAACCUUCUGCACCCACUCGUAAAGGCAAGGAGUCCGUCUUUCAGACACUGGACGCGCCGCCCAAAGUCAAGCGGACGCUGUCGCAAACAAAAGCUUUGUUGGAACAAGAAGAUGACGACAGCGAAUUGUCGGAGCCGGAGAGCAGUGAGGAUGACUUUGAAGAUGUUCCGCUAAAUGGCGCGAGCAAGGGCAAAGGGAAAGGGAAAGGGAAAGCGCAGGCUGGUGGUGAUAGUGAUGAAAGCGAGGACGAUGAUUGGGAAGACGCUCUCGGUGUGCAUCACCAUACGAAACCAGACCAUGGUCCUGCGCCUGUCAUUACCGGCGAUAUCGCCCUCACCUUAUCUGCCGUACCGAAGACCGCCUUUGAUACAAAGUCUGAUGGGAAGAAAGGGCCAUCCAAGGUCCAGCGGCAGAUACGGAGCGUCACGCAUUGCAUGCACGUACAGUACCUGAUGUACCAUAACCUCAUAAGGAACGCUUGGAUACAGGACAAGCAAGUGCAGACGAUACUUGUCGAAGGCAUGUCGGCCGGGUGCUGGCGCGAAUUGGAGAAAUACUGGAGUGAUGCAGGCAUCACAGAUGGGCCUAGUCGCGUCGUCGUGCAGAAGGCACCAAGUCCUCCGUCCAAGCAGGUGACGAAAGACAAGAAAGGGAAGUGGAAGGACAGUGGGAAGAACGGCGUCAAGGUGUACGAGAGCCCGCAGAAGCGAUCCUCUGUUCGUGAGGAUAAGAAGGCAACGCUCCUGGGCAAAGGCAAGAUUGGCAACAAAGGCGAUAAGAAAGGGCGCGAUUGGGGCGCGACAUCCGAGCCACUCGAACCGAAAACUCCGAACUUGUCAGCUGGAGAUCCUCUACUUCGCCUACUAAGAUAUGUUUCUGCGUAUUGGAAGUCCAAGUUCCAGGUCACAGCCCCGAGCUUACGCAAACGUGGUUAUCUGUCGCCAUCGACACUAGAAGCCGAGAUUAAUGCUUGGAGGGAUGAUCCGGAUCAUCCAGAUACUUUCGGAGAGCGAGUCGAGAGUUUAGAUGCUUUUCGCGAUAGGGCUCGUAAAUGUGAGGGAAGCAGAGACUUGGGAGAACAACUGUUUACGGCUCUGUUACGAGGCCUAGGCAUUGAGGCCCGUAUGGUAGUCAGUCUACAACCUGUUGGUUUUGGCUGGAGUCAGAGUGAAGAAGGCAAGGCUAAGAACCUUGAGAAGCUGAAGGAUGCAAAGCCUGCCGAUAAGGAGACUCCGCAAAAACCAGCAGCAACAAACAGCAAAGCGAAAUCUGGUUCGGCUACAAAGAAGAAAGCAGCAUCUACUGGUGUUGAUAUGGAUGACAGUAGCGAUCUAAGCAGUGUCAUAUCCAUCUCUUCUGACUCUGAAGACGAAAGGCCAGCGAAGAAAUCGCCAAAGUCACGCAACUACAGCGAAGAGCUGCCAUACCCGACAUACUGGACAGAGGCUAUCUCACACCUGACACAUACUCCGAUAUCAGUAUCGCCGCUUCCUAAGACGAUCAUAGCAAGCGCGGCUUCUCCAGACAAGCUCGCCGACUUUUACGCUCGUGGUGCGGCGGCCGACAAAGCGAGACAGGUAUUAGCUUACCUUAUCGCCUUCUCUUCUGAUGGCACAGCCAAAGAUGUCACGACACGCUAUCUACCAAAACGCCAGUGGCCUGGUCGGACAAAAGGCUUCCGCAUGCCAAUCGAAAAAGUACCGAUACACAACAAACGUGGAAAGGUCAAGCGAUGGGAAGAAUGGGAUUGGGUCAAGUCGCUAUUGCGCCCCUAUGCCAGGCCUCACGACAAGCGUCAACCAUGGGAUGAAGUCGAGGACGAGGGCGACCUUGUUCCUCAAGAGCCAGAGAAGAAGAAAGACAUGGAUGAAGAAGGCGGCAAGGAGACGCUACAGGGCUACAAGAACUCUGCUGAAUACGUGCUCGAGCGUCACCUCCGGCGUGAAGAAGCACUCAAACCCGGUGCGAAAAUUGUUCGACACUUCGUCACUGGCAAAGGCGACAACGAGAAGUCAGAGCCCGUUUAUCUCAGGAAGGAUAUUGUGAAUUGCAAGACGCAAGAAUCCUGGCACAAGGAGGGCCGCGAAGUACUGGAAGGUCAGCAGCCUCUCAAGCUUGUGCCUAUGCGUGCUGUCACAGUGACUCGCAAACGCGAGAUUGAAGAACGCGAGCGUAUUGAAGGCGGCAAAGUGAAACAAGGGCUCUACUCCAAAGCGCAGACUGACUGGAUCAUUCCUGAUCCAAUCGUUGAUGGUCAGAUCCCACGUAACUCGUACGGAAACAUUGACGUUUAUGUACCCACCAUGGUGCCGAAAGGCGCUAUUCAUAUCCCACUCAAAGGAACAGCGCGCAUAUGUCGCAAGCUCAACAUCGAUUACGCGGAAGCGUGUACCGGAUUCGAGUUUGGCAAGCAGCGUGCUGUACCUGUCAUAACUGGAGUUGUGAUUGCGGAAGAAAACGAGGAUAUACUCAUAGAUGCUUGGGAGAUUGAAGAAGCGGAAAAGCAGAAAAAGGAAAGAGACAAGAGGGAGAAGUUCUUGUUGGGCUUAUGGAGGAAGUUCGCAAGCGGUCUGAGAAUUGUGGACAGGAUGAAAGAAGAGUACGGAGAGGAUGUCGAAUUGCCAGCAAGAGAGAAGGUGGUACUACCCAAGGAGGAAGACACCACGGAAAAGAAGUCGCAGUGGGAGGUGUUCCAGAAUCACACAGAUUUCGAAGGUGGCUUCAUGCGCGACGACGGUGCAGCUUCUGGUGGUGGCUUCGUGCCUGAAAGAGCGCCCCAAACGGCACAACAAGAUUAUGACACGGCUGGUGGGUUCCUGUCAGCAAGCCAAGACGAUCCUGAACAUGGCGAUCUCACUAUUGAUCACGGUGAGAAGAAGGAUGUACCCCGCGUAUCCGUGGCGGACAGCACAUAUCGCACACCGAUCUCGCUCACACAGGCGUUGCAGCAGCCGCCUAGUGAAUCUGGUGGAGAUUCGGAUGACGAUGCGGACGAUGAUAUGGAUGCGCCACAGGCUCAAGAAGACGAACAGAUCGAAGAAGACGAAGAAGAAGAAAUCAAACCUAAAGCCACUCGCCGCAAGCCAACCGCCACAGCUUCAGCCCGUGGUCGUGGUCGUCCACGUGGCCGCGGAGCAAAGACUGCGACAGUAUCCGCACGGAAACGUAAAUCUAAGGUAAUAGAUUCAGGGUCUGACGAUGAUGCGCUCUCUGAUGCGCCCUCGGAUCCGCCAACACCACCGCCUUCCACCCGCUCAGCGCCAAGGCGUAAGGCUGCCAGGAAAAGUGACGCACAAGUCAAGAGCCACUUCUUUGCCGAAGGAAGCGAUGACGAGACGGAUAUGACGGACAUGACUGAGCGAAACUCGCCAAGGAAGAAGGCUGUAAUACGAGGACGCGGUAGUGGCAAAGGGAGAGGGACUGGACGGGGAAGAGGGCGAGCGGGGAAAGCCAAGUAG